UUCCCCUCCUGGCCGCUUCGACCGUACGAGCUCACGUCAAUCCAUUCUCAUGGCAAUUGUCCCUCUACGCUGAAGCCUUCCUCCCGCCUCGCCAUGCGCUCCUAUCGCUACCUAAUCCUUGGCCUUGCGCUCUUCUUCUGUCUCUACUCCGUCGUAGCAGCCGCCCGCCUUCCUCUGGCAGACCGGCAAGAUGGCAACCCAUCUGAGCGCUCGCAGACGCCUACCGCUACCGGUGAGGGGUCCGCUCAACCCUCCUCCACCGCGCCUGCUCGAGAAUCGUCAAUUGCGACGACCGAGUCCAACCGACCACCAACCACAAGAGAGGCAGUGACUAGCUCAUCCCUCUCCAUGCCCUCGAGCACCAUUGCGCAGGCAUUGGCAACCGCUACUUCCAGUGCAUCCUCAGCAUCGAGUUCCGCAGGUGCCGAUUCGAAGGACCCUCUUCCCAUUCAUCCGCAGAUCACUCCCGCAUUAGGACUGGCUGGUGCGAUAAUGCUCAUAUCGGGCACGGUAUACGCCGUCAUUGGUAUCAAGAACAAAUGGCUGUAUGUUUUCUUCUCCGCCGCAUAUUUAACCAGCCUGGCCGUAUCUGUCCUCAUCAUUUAUCUGAUGACCCCACCGGUUUCCAACGCCGUCCAAGGGGCCUUCUUCGUCGCUGCCUUCCUCUCCGGCUUAAUACUGGGGGCCCUUGCUCUUGUCUUUGCGGAUCUCACCGAAGGACUGGGAUGUCUGUUGGGAGGCUUCUGCCUGGGAAUGUGGUUCCUGACGCUGAAAGAAGGGGGUCUGAUUACCUCAACGGCUGGACGAGCAAUCUUUAUCGGCUGUUUCAGCGCCGGGGGGUAUGCUCUGUCUUUCAGCCACUACACCCGAACGUACGGUUUGAUGGCGUGCAUAUCGUUUGCCGGGGCUUCAAUCACCAUGCUGGGUAUCGACUGCUUCAGUCGCGCUGGCUGGAAGGAGUUUUGGCUUUACCUCUGGAACCUGAAUCCAGACACCUUUCCUCUGUUUACUAAUACCUAUCCUAUUACUAGGGGUAUCAAGGUGGAAUUAGCCGGCGUCGUAAUUCUCUGUAUAUUCGGCAUCAUUUCGCAACUGCGACUGUGGAGGCUUGUAAAGGAGCGGAGAGAGAAAAGCGCUUCUCAACGGCUAGAGAGACAACGGGAUCAAGAACGGGAAGAGGAAGAGCUUGGCCGUAGGAUCCAGGACGACUUUCAGAGAGAACGUGCCCAAUGGGAAGCGACUUAUGGAGACAAGGGAUUUCAGGAGCCUACCGUUGACUCUUGCGUAACGACCCCGAAGACAUCUACGAGCGUUCGAGAGAAGAACGAUUACAGCCCCGGCAGCGUGGAGAUGGCUCCUCUACCCAGGGGUAAACUCGCAAGGUCCGCGAGUAAACAAGACGCUGUCGUGGUAGCUGUAUUGCAGGAAGACGAGAUUCAACAUAUUGAUGAGGAUGGAUCUCCGAUGACACCCAAGGGGACAGCGCCGGCCACACAUCUUAGCGCUUCGAUUAGUAGGAGCAACAGCACUCGACCUUCCGUGGAUACCGCGUCCAGGUCCGGCGUCUCGCGCUCGGUCUCCGUGAGGAGCUCACUCCAGCCCGCUACGUCACCACCCCCGGCUGUCGUCCCUCUUCCCUUCCGGGUCCCGGAGGAGCAGGACCCGCACAGCCCAGAUGCGGACAAUAUCUCUGUCUCGGCCGUCCCCGACACCACAGAGGGCCACUUGUCAGACCGAAGAUCUCUAUCUAAACGUCUCUCCGAGAUGUCAGCGUUCAAACGCUUUUCAAAUGGCAGAAUGUCGCCAAAUCAUUCAGAAUCUGAAGAAGCCCUAAUGAUACCACAUGUUGAGGAUGAUCGAGCCUCCUCCGUUGCGGCUACACUGGAUGAUGCAGAUGAUGUGUCCUUGGCACAACUCUCUCCACCACACUCACCCUUGGAACCAAAGGAUGAUUCAGGAGCCAUGCAACCAUCAACCACAAAUGGACAUGAAACCUCCCAGUCCCCGACACAAACCCAAGCUAUUGCUGAUAGCACAAUACAGUCUCCGCUACCGGAAGCGGUUGUUCGACAGUCGCUCACUAUCAGCACCGAUCCCAAACCCGGAGAAUCCCGUUCGAAGCGAAUGCCGUCCCAAACCCGUCGCAUGCGCUCUGAUACCGUUGUGUCAGUGGUCAAAGAUGAAAAUGGGAAGAGCCAGCAGUCCAGGUCGACGAGAUCGGAUGCGCCCUCCCCAAGCUCUCAAACUGAGCAAUGCGAGUCAGCAGUUGACAGUUUCCAAGAAGCGCUUCCCAGUAAGCUGUCCAAGGUCGCAAUGUCGUAUCGGACCAAUGAGUGGGCAAAACAUCUCGAGGCAGCAGAGACACCAGAAUUGGAGGAGCUGCUGGUGCCGGUGUCGCCUGGUGUGCAGGUAUCGCAUGCCUCUGAAGAACGUCCUGCUCCAGUCAACGAAGAAAUCACGCAGCCACUCGUUGUAGCUAAGAGAAACUCGAAUAGGGUAUCGAGCAGCAGCACCACAUACGGAAACAGCGGUUUUGUUCGUUCGACCUCGAACAACUCUAGAAACUCGCUCGAGCCGCAACCUCUUUCGCGGACACCCUCCGGCAUCGCCGCAGGAGGUGAGUCGCGAUCAGCCUCUCAGGUCCAGGACAGAGGAGCCCGGAUUUCCUCGACCCAAUUGCUGCCCGUCGCAGAACCCGUGGAUGAACGGUCACCGUCUGCCCUUUCCCCCCUACCAGGUAACACGCUCCUAGAUCAACGCGAGACACGGGUGCGGAACCGGGUAUCUUCCCAGUCAUUCAACCCGCAUUCCGCAUCUGCUACCAGCCCUGCCACGACAGGAGAUACGGACAAUAUACCUUUAACGCAACGCAAACGCUUGUUGCAGAAUCCGAGGCCGCCGUCGGCUUCUCAGAAGUGGCGGGAGAGCAAUUUGGUCGUCGGGAGUCAAAUGCAGGGAUUCAACUCACAUCAACCGAAGAGAGCGCAUGCGUCUGGCUCGGAUCAGAAGCGCGAGGUGUUGUUAGCAGGCUGGAGAGAAUCGAUCCGGCAGGACGGUGCACCUGUCCAAACAACGGCAGUGGGCGAAGGCACGCGUCGAACAGCCAUGAUGAACGUCAAGCGAAACAAGGACGUGGAGAAAGAGCAGCAGGCGAUGGCCGCGCAGCAACGGGAGUCGAUGAUGAUCAACAUGAUGCGGAGCAAUGAGAUGUUGGACGCACACAGAGAAGCCAUGCGACGUAUGCAGGCCAACGCCAACAAGAAGUUGUGAAAAAAAAGCUAGACAAGGCCACGCAGCCACGGGAAGGCGACGACCUUCUCGAAUGUCCCAGUGUAUGGAUUGUAUCGAGCAGCUACGCAGGGGAGCUACGCAGGGGAGCAUGGUCUCCGGGUGCGCGGGUGAUAUGGGCAUGAUACCCGGACCGAAUGUAUAGUAUAUGGGCGCACGUCUUUGUU